AUGGAGGCGCUGGCAGCGAUUGGUCUGGUCAGCAAUGUUCUCGGCUUCAUUGACACCACCGCCAAACUGCAUGCUCUCAUCAAAGAAUAUUCGUCAAUGGGCGGAGCUCCAGCGGAAGUUCUUGCGAUUUCGAAACGGUUAGACCUAACAAUCAGAGCAGUCAAAGAACUUGAUGAGUCCGGCCGAGCACGACUUGAUCACGAGAAACUUGCGUUGCAAAUCUACUCUGAGGAGGCUGAGGGACUAUGUGUGUUUUUGGAAAGUUUGAAACUCACCUUAGAUCAGCCGCGGGAAAGAGGGAGCAACUUCCCAUGGCUGAAAAGGAGGCAGGCAACUGCGCGGACAGCGGAGAAAGGUUGGAAAGCUUUCAAGGCUCUCCGUGGGAAAGAGAAGCUUGACAAGUUCCAAACAUCGUUGGACAGGAUGUUGGACCUAAUCAAGAUGCAGCAGCAAACGAGGAUUGAGGCUACUGCACUGCGGGUAGAUGACAAAACUACUAUCCUUGUCCAGAACUCUGAGUCAAUCAUUAGAGGCUUGGGUGACUUGCAGCUCUCCCCAAACCAGCCAUCCAUAGAUUCAUCUGCUAUGCAAAGGAAGAUCAUUUUUAUGGUCCCCUUAGCAAGGAACUCUGGUUUUCUAGGACGAGAUGAGCUCAUCCUCCAGCUUGAUAAGAGGCUUGGCUCCUCGCCGGGAUCUGGACCAAGAGAAGUCCAGACAACAGCGUUGUGCGGGUUGGGAGGAAUUGGAAAGUCACAAAUCGCACUCGAGUACGCCUACUUACGUAAAGAACGAUCUCCUAAUACGUCGACCUUUUGGAUUCUAGCCUCGACGGCCACUAGGUUUGAAGAAUCGUACAAGCAAAUAGCUACGGAAUUUCAACUUCCGGGAAGAAACGAUCCCCACGUCGAUGUCUUGCAGCUUGUACGAGAUUGGUUUGAACGCCACUACAAGCAGCGUUGGCUGAUGGUAGUUGAUAAUGUGGAUGAUACUCAAAUAUUCGAGAAAAUGCAGUGUGGGAAGUCGCCGUUGGAGUAUUUGCCAAAAGUUGCCGACGGAUCCAUUAUCUUCACCUCAAGGAACAGAGAUGUCUCCAUCGAUCUUGUCAGUGAUCCGAUCACUGUCGAACCAUUGAGCCCUGAAGAAGCACGAAAGCUGCUUGGAGACCGCACGAAAAGAACAAGCACAGACGAAGAAAAGGAUAUGGUCCUUGCCGAGUUGGAUCACCUACCUUUGGCUAUCACCCAAGCAGCGUCGUAUAUGGCCAAAAGAAACAAAAGCGUAUCCCAGUAUCUCGUCCUAUAUCAAGACAGUGAGAAAUCGAGAGUAAAACUUCUAGAGCAUAAGUUCGUCGAUACUGGAAGAGAAGCAAGAUCUCUAGAGUCCGUUGCGACAACGUGGUUGAUGUCAUUUCAGCAGAUCAAGUCCGAAAUCCCCCGUGCAGCUAAUCUGUUAUUUAUGAUGAGCUUAAUGGGCCGUCAAAGUAUUCCCUCGUCCCUGAUAGUGGCCGAAAAUGAAAACAUAGUCGAUUUUGAGGAGGCUGUGGGAACUCUGGUUGCUUACUCCUUUGUUUCCGUCGACGACUCGGGAAUCAACUACAGUAUGCACCGGCUUGUGCAAACCGUCACUCGGGCAUGGUUGGACGAUCAUGGGGACAGACUGUUCAUUGAAAGUCAAGCAUUAGGCUUUCUGUCAUCCAGAUUCCCAGAUGGUGAAUUUGAGACAUGGGAAACCUGUGCCCAGUAUCUGCCUCAUGUGGAAUCCAUUCUAUCUCAUACUCCGGAAAGCCAAGUCAAUACUCAGAGACUCCAUCGCUCGGAACUUCUUACCAAUCUUGCUUGGUAUUUCAAAGAGCAAGGGAAGUAUGAUCUUGCACGGGCGAAUCUGGAACAAUCGUUGAAGAUAUUGAACACAGCAGGGACUGGAGAAUCGGGAAAAGCUUUGAGGGCAAAAAGGAAGCUUGCAAUCAUUGUUGAGCUCCAAGGACAUCCUGAGGAAGCUAUAAAGUUAUUUCGAGAAGUUCUUAAAGCCGAGGAGAAUUUACAUGGACCAGAUCAUCUGGAAACUUUGGAAACUGUGGAUGAAUUGGCAUUAACUCUCGCGAACACCUUAUUUCCAGAAAGAUGGGUAGAAUCUGAGAGAUUAGCGAGACGGAGUUUAAAAGGAAGGCGGUCGGCCUUGACUGACGGAGAUCUCAAAUUAAUAGAAAGUCUCCAUACGCUUGGUUGGGUACUAUACCGAGAAGGAAAACCCAAUGAGUCUGAGGAGCCUCUCAGGGAAUGUUUGCAAAAACGCAGGAUGGUCCUUGGAGACCAACACCCGAAGACUACUUCGACGGCUAAUGAUCUUGCCCUUACGCUCAUCAAGCUCGAUCCCCCGAAAUAUGAAGAAGCAGAGCGACUGUUGAGAGACUCGGCUAAUUUAAUCAUUUCUUCGUGUGGGACCGAUCACCCAAACUCUAUAGUCAUACACAGCAAUCUGUGCAACGUGUUGAGACGAAGUGGGAAGCACGCUGAGGCAGAAACUCUGCAGGUAGACCAGCUAACGUUGAGUGAGAAGGUCCUCGGGCAGAAUCAUCCCACCACGAUUUGGUGUGUUGUUUCGGUGGCCGAGUCGCUCUUCUAUCAGAAGAAAUUCUACAUGACCCAAUCUUUCAUUCUCAAGGAGGUAGAGAAGAGACCGGACUUGGUUCGGCAAGAUGUCGUGAGCAGCUUGAUUCUCAUCAGCCUCUUCGCUCACGUCUGGGAAGAACAUGGAGAAUUUACAGAAGCGGCCGAGAAUUUCCAGUCAGUUCUUCAGGGGCGAAAGAAAGCACUUGGAGACGAUCACCCAGCAACGUUGCAUGCCGAACACUGCUUCGCUAGAGUAAGACUGGCCCAAGGAAAGUGUUUUGAAGCUGCCGGAAUCCUGCGAGGGUUGAUGCCGAGGGAGAUCCAAGUUCUGGGGUUGAAACAUGAAGAAACUGUCCUUAGCGUCCGUCUGUAUGGUCUCGCGAUGUUCAGCCAAAGAAAAUUUCCUGAGGCGGAGUCAUACUUUCGACAAGUAUUAAGUAUCAGAGAGAAGACGCUUGGGAGGGAACACGAAACUACUCUCAUUGCCAGGGACAACCUUGAAGCAGCUUUGGGCGAGCAAAGAAAGUGGGCAGAGUGGGAGAAAGCCUCUCGUGAGUCGCUGGCAAUACGUCAACUAUUAGCACCUACCGAUUACCAUACUUUGCGAGUCAAGUCGAAUCUCUGGUUUGUAUUAGAACAACAACGUAAGGCUGAGAGCGAGGCGAUCUUCCAUGAGUUACUGGCGAACAUCAAAGCCCUGCCGGAGGAUUUCAUGGAAGGCCCAAACUUCAAGAAAAACGUCACCUGUGAGGAGGAAUGGUAUUUCUGGCGUCUCCGAAAUGGCUCUUUUGAUCUGGAAACAUUGAGGGCUCGAAAACGAAUGGCAGCUUGGUCACAAACUCCGAGGUUCACGAAAGGAGGUGACGCGGCAAGUUUUGUCUCUUUCUUCAAAGCCAGCUCCCAAGUCAGCUCCAAUGAUCUUGCAGGGGAGAUAUAUCAUGAGGUUCUGAGGAAUAUGGAACAUACUUUUGGGAAGGAGUGUGAAGAGACCAAGUCAGUGAAUGAGGAGUAUGCCAAGCACUUAGAGCAGCGGGGCAAGGUCCAUGAGGCCAAGAGAAUUCGGGAGCGCUUGCAAGAGUCUGGAAUCUGA